CUCUUUCUCAAGCUUCUCUCUAACAAUGGAAACACAAAUCAUCAUAGAGAAGAGUACUUCUCAAGUAACCUUCAUCUCCGCCGUAUCCUCCUCCUCCGCCGCCGCCUCAUUAUCCUCACCUACAACAUCUUCCUCUUCUUCUUCUUCUUCUUCUUCUUCUUCAUCAACAACUUCUAAUUUCCCUGAGGAAAACAACUCUAAAAGAAAAGCAUCUCGAAGAUCAUCAUCGUCAUCAGGAUCAUUAGCCGUUCAAGAAGAUGAAGAUGACGUCGGGAAACGGCGAAAAGUCAACGCCGGAGAUAAGCAUCCGACGUAUAGAGGAGUAAGGAUGAGGAGUUGGGGAAAAUGGGUGUCGGAAAUCAGAGAGCCGAGGAAAAAAUCACGAAUCUGGCUCGGGACUUAUCCAACGGCUGAGAUGGCGGCUCGAGCUCAUGAUGUGGCGGCUUUAGCCAUAAAAGGUGCAACGGCUUUCCUCAAUUUUCCCGAAUUAUCCGGCGAGCUUCCUCGUCCGGUCACCAAUUCUCCUAAAGACAUUCAAGCCGCUGCCACCUCCGCCGCCGUCAAUUGGCAAGAUUCUGCCACCGUUAGCCUCCGUGUGAAUAAUUCCGAUGGAGCUGAAUUAGCUGAAGCUGAGCCGAGUCGAGCCGUGAUGGCUCAGUCGUUGUCGAGCAGCGUGGUGUGUUCUUCGGAUACAAUGACUCAACAAGAGUCUUCGGAAACUUCGUGUGCUUCGACGACGACGUCGUUUGCGGACAAAGACAGCGACGAGGAGAAGCUGUUUGAUUUGCCGGAUUUGUUUACUGAUGGGAAUGAGAUGAUGAUACGAAACGAUGCGUUUUGUUAUUACUCGUCCACGUGGCAACUCUGUGGAGCCGACGCUGGGUUUCGGCUUGAAGAGCCGUUUUUCUGUCUCAAUGACUAAAUUACACACUCCUCCAGCUCACUAACACCUGAUUAAUUUGCCUCUCCUUUUUUCUUUGUAAUCCUCUCUAUCUAAGUUUGUUUUUUUUUUCUUUUCAAUUUGAGUG